GCACUUCACGAGCGGAGCUGCUUUGCGAGCCUGAUAAUGCCCACGCUCUCCUCUGCAAAACCCGUGCUUCUGCGAGGCAGAACCUUUUUUCCCUCCAAAUGCACCAGAUUCCCCUGGCAAACGGGGGCAAAACAAACCAUGUGUUCACACGCAGAAGAUCCAGAAAUGAAGGACUUCAUGGACUAUCUUGACUCUCUGAAGAACUAUGAGAGAUUGGGUGUGCCCCUAGGGGCAGGCACGGAUUCUCGCCAAGGGUUCGAUCUUGGUAGAAUGAGAAGGUUAAUGGAGCGUUUUGAUAACCCUCAGUCUAAAUUCAAGGCCAUUCAUGUCGCUGGGACAAAGGGAAAAGGAUCGACGGCUGCAUUCAUUUCUGAUAUUCUGAGGACUGAAGGCUAUUCUGUAGGUUGUUAUACUAGCCCACAUAUCCAGACUAUAAGGGAACGCAUUUUACUAGGAAGAUCUGGCGAUCCUGUCGCAGCAAAAAUACUGAAUUGCCUUUUUCAAAGGAUAAGGCAAAAUCUUGACCAAGCAAUGAGGGAGGAAAAGGGUUGCUUAAGUCAUUUUGAGGUUUUCACUGCAAUGGCAUUCAUCCUAUUUGCUGAAGAGAAAGUUGACAUUGCAGUUAUUGAGGCUGGGUUGGGAGGUGCACGUGAUGCAACUAAUGUUAUAUCCCACUCUGGACUUGCUGCAUCUGUCAUUACCACCGUUGGGGAGGAGCAUUUGGCUGCUCUUGGGGGUUCUUUGGAGACUAUUGCAGUGGCUAAGUCAGGAAUCAUAAAACAAGGCCGUCCACUGGUUCUGGGUGGGCCAUUUCUCCCUCAUAUUGAACACAUUAUUCGCGACAGAGCAGCAUCCCUGGAUUCACCAGUAGUGUCAGCAUCUGAUGCUGGGAAUAGAUGUUCUAUAAGAACUGUUGGCAUGCUUGAUGGCAGACCUUGCCAAUCAUGUGAUAUAGCAAUAGAAGUUGAGAAAGACUUGGAGCUGUCCUGUGAAUUACUUGGUGUAAAACUGCGCAUGCUUGGAAGUCACCAACUACAGAAUGCAGCAACUGCUACUUGUGUAGCACUAUGUCUUCGUAAUUUUGGAUGGAGAAUUUCUGAUGAAUCUAUUAGGGCUGGCUUAGAGCAUACAUGCCUCCUUGGAAGGAGUCAAUUCCUAACAAAUGAAGAAGCUAAGAUGCUAGGACUUGCUGGAGCAACGAUAUUGCUUGAUGGAGCCCAUACCAAAGAAUCUGCUAAAGCACUGAUGAACACUAUAAGGAUGGCAUAUCCAGAGGCUCGAUUAGGUUUUGUUGUUGCUAUGGCAAGUGACAAAGACCACGUAGGUUUUGCCAAAGAGAUUCUCUCAGGGGAGCAUGUAGUGACUGUUGUAUUGGCUGAAGCUGCUAUUGCCGGAGGUGUAACUCGGAUGAUGUCGGCUGCGUCUUUGAAAGAUUCUUGGAUUCAAGCUUCUGAAGAACUUGGCAUUGAAAUUGUUCACGAAGGAAUAGCAGGAUACGGAGAAUUGGUAAAGGAUGAAAUAAUCCCUCAUGUCAGGGAUUUGCAUGAUCAUAGAACUGUAUUGGCUACUGAGGGUUGUUUAAUGAGUUGUUUGAGAACCACAGGCAGGAUUUUAAAGAGGAACAAGGGGGUUGAGAGGGGUAUUAUUGUCAUUACAGGCUCUCUGCACAUUAUUUCCUCAGUUUUAGCUUGUCUCGGAGGUGAAAGCUAAUUUGCAGCGAAGCUGUUUGGUAUACUGGAUUUCGUUUCAGUUAGCAAUCAUUUCAUUUCGUAGACUUAA